CGACAAUCGUCUGACGGAGGCAGUAAGCACCUUUGCUGGGAUAGGAUGUGCCGUGUAAUGCAAAGACAUAAAUAUAUUAUUGCUUUUAUACUGAUCGGCGAAAUUGUUUACAAGGCUGAUGAUCUGGAGUGAAAUAGUGACAUUGUCUUACCAAAAACAUACCAAUCAUGGAUAUGAUGUUAGAAGCAUACCUCACUCAUGAUGCGUCACAUUUGGAUCCAGAUGACAUACCACAGACAAAAGAAAGUGUGUGGAUUCUAGGAAAAGAGUACAAACCACCUCAUGACCUAAGAGUCAUAAGAAAGGAUAUACAAACAAGACUGUGGUUCACAUAUAGGAGAAGUUUCAUUCCAAUUGGAGACACUGGACUGACAACAGAUAAAGGAUGGGGCUGCAUGUUGCGAUGUGGCCAGAUGGUUCUAGCUCAGGCAUUAGUUAUGUUACACUUAGGAAGAGACUGGCGCUGGUCAGUAGACACAAAAAACAGCACAUACCUAAAAAUUCUUCACAUGUUUGAAGAUCGUCGUGCAGCUCCCUUCUCCAUACAUCAGAUUGCAUUAAUGGGUGCGUCAGAAGGGAAAGAAGUCGGACAGUGGUUUGGUCCUAACACUGUUGCACAAGUUUUAAAGAAACUUGCUGUGUAUGAUGAAUGGAGCUCACUUGUUAUCCACAUUGCCCUGGACAACACUGUAGUCAUUAAUGAUAUCAGACGAUUAUGCUGCAAUAAAGAUCCAAGUGAAGAAUUCAUCAAUGUACGACCCCGCAGUGGUAAAGGUGCUGGUUCAUGCAGGUCAUCAUAUGUGUGGAAACCUCUGCUGCUUGUUAUCCCACUUAGACUGGGCUUAAGUGAAAUAAACCCAGUAUAUGUUGAAAGCCUUAAACUCUGUUUUACCUUCAGCCAGACGUUGGGUGUCAUUGGUGGGAAACCAAAUCAUGCAUUGUACUUCAUAGGCUUUGUUGGUGAUGAAGUAAUUUACCUGGAUCCUCAUACAACACAGAUGGCAGGUCUUGUAGAAGACAAGGAACAAGAACACGAAAAAGAAAUGGAUGCAUCGUAUCACUGUCAGUAUGCAAGCAGAAGCCAUAUCUUGCAUAUGGAUCCAUCUGUAGCAGCUUGCUUCUUAUGUGCCACUGAAGAAGAGUUUGAAUCACUUUGCAAACAAAUCAAAAAGAAACUUAUACAAAAUGAAAAGCAACCCUUAUUUGAACUGUGUGAUGAGAGACCAAAUCAUUGGUCCCCACUUGAUGACUCAGCAGAAGAAGCACUGGGAGCUAUGGCCUGUUAUGCAUACGAUGAUUGUGGAAGGCAGUUUGAUGACUCUGAUAAUGAAUUUGAGUUACUGGGGUAAACGGGACUGUUACCUGCACAAUUAAAUACGUUUUAUACACUUAAAAUUCUAGUGCUUAUGUACUCUCCAGACUAUUAAUGUGUCGUUGUUUUGAACAUGCAGAGUACAAGAAGCCAAGGUUAUACAUCACAGGUACCUUAAGCAGCUGACUGCAUUGUCAAUUGUUGUAUCUAAAUUAUUUUUGACAUUUUCAAACUGUUGCUUAUUUUAUGUGUUAUGGUCUGCUUGUGAGAUAUUUGUUGCCUUUUUUACAUGUAUAUAAGAUGUUUGUUAUACAGUAAUGUUGUUUUAUAUACUCUUAUGAAAUCAGUUAGAUUUCAUGGAUGUAGUGUGUAGUUUUUAUGAGGAGGAGGAGGAGGAGGAGAAGAAGGAGUUGCUGCAGUUUUUAUAGCCUCAUUCUGUACUAAAACUGAAUGCAGUUUUUUACACAAAUGGUUCAGUUUUUCAGAUAGCUGUCAGAAUUUGAGAGAGAAAUAAGUUGUAUUACUAAGGGAAAGAUAGUUGUUAUGGUAACAUAGCAAUCUGUUUUUGUUUCAAGCUGGAAUUUCACUGUGAAACGUAUGUAUUAGUGGUGGUUACCCUCAUUAUCACCCAGUUUCACAAAUAAAUCAUCACUGAAUCAGUCAGAAAUAGUAGUAGCUGCAGAUUGCAGGUCUUUUAAAUAAUUGUGGUGUAAAUAUGAUAUAUGUUUCAAAGUUCCUCUAGUCAUUUUUGUUUUCUCUUAUUUUGCUUUCUUGAAUAUGAGCAUUAGAGUUUAAAGUUAAAAUUCUACUACACAGAUGUGAGAGAUUUUGUGUACUUGCAAGUAUCAUUUGGAUAUAUGUGGCCAAAAUCAUUAAAUGUCUAUACAUUAUGACUUCCCCAAUCUUCCUCAAUAAACUUUUAUGAAAACAGAA